UCUCGGUGGUGGGUGGAGGACCAAGCGCCAGGUCGGAAAUGGCGGCUGCAGUGAGGCAGGACUUGGCGCAGCUAAUGAACUCCAGCGGCUCCCACAAGGACCUGGCGGGCAAAUACCGUCAGAUACUGGAAAAAGCAGUUCAGUUGUCUGGUGGGGAACAGCUAGAAGCUUUGAAAGCUUUUGUAGAAGCAAUGGUAAAUGAGAAUGUCAGUUUAGUGAUCUCACGGCAGUUGCUGACAGAUUUUUGUACUCACCUCCCAAACCUACCUGAUAGCACAGCUAAAGAAAUCUAUCACUUCACCUUGGAAAAGAUUCAGCCUAGAGUAAUUUCAUUUGAAGAACAGGUUGCUUCUAUAAGGCAACACCUUGCCUCCAUUUAUGAAAAGGAAGAAGACUGGAGAAACGCAGCCCAAGUGUUAGUUGGGAUCCCUUUGGAAACCGGACAAAAACAAUACAACGUGGAUUAUAAAUUAGAGACCUACUUGAAAAUUGCCAGACUGUACCUGGAGGAUGAUGACCCUGUUCAGGCAGAGGCUUACAUUAAUCGAGCUUCUCUGCUUCAAAAUGAAUCAACCAAUGAACAGUUGCAAAUCCAUUAUAAGGUGUGCUACGCUCGUGUUCUUGAUUACAGAAGGAAGUUUAUUGAAGCUGCCCAACGGUACAAUGAGCUCUCUUAUAAGAGCAUAGUCCAUGAAAAUGAAAGACUAGAGGCACUGAAGCAUGCCUUGCACUGUACUAUCCUAGCAUCGGCAGGACAGCAGCGCUCUCGCAUGUUAGCCACACUCUUCAAGGAUGAGAGAUGCCAGCAGCUUGCAGCCUAUGGGAUCCUGGAGAAGAUGUAUCUGGACAGGAUUAUCCGAGGCAGUCAGCUACAGGAGUUUGCUGCUAUGCUUAUGCCACACCAGAAAGCCACCACAGCUGAUGGUUCCAGUAUCCUGGACAGAGCUGUCAUUGAGCACAACCUGUUAUCUGCAAGCAAACUGUACAAUAAUAUUACCUUUGAAGAGCUUGGAGCAUUGCUAGAGAUCCCCGCAGCCAAGGCAGAAAAGAUAGCUUCCCAGAUGAUAACUGAAGGUCGCAUGAAUGGAUUUAUUGAUCAAAUAGAUGGAAUUGUUCAUUUUGAAAGUCGUGAAGCUUUGCCAACAUGGGACAAACAGAUUCAAUCACUAUGUUUCCAAGUAAACAACCUUCUGGAAAAGAUAAGUCAGACAGCCGCUGAAUGGACCGCACAGGCUAUGGAAGCUCAGAUGGCUCAGUAGAUGUUUGCUUGGGAUCUUCUGAUUGCACUGCCCUUCCUGUGCAGUGGGAAUUUACAUGGAUUACAAAACAUCCACAUAAUCCAUCCCUUCCUUCAACACUUCUUCUGCUAGAACCUUGACUUUGAGCUGUGAUCAGGAGUUUUAAACAAAACACUAUACUCCUAAAGUUUUAUCAACAUACCGUUAUGGUAUCACUGCAUCCCAAAUGUGCUUUCCUGUGUGACAGCUGUGGCUUAGUAGGACUGAAAGGAGUAACCCCUACAGCAGAAUCAGGUUUUGGUUUUGUAAUAGUACUCUGACUGAGUUGUGGUCUUGUAACUUUCUAUGGAUUGUUGUGUUGUGAAACCUUAAGCACCAUGCUUUUCUAGUUAUGUUUAUUCCAAUAAAAGGGGGAAUAAGGCAGUUAGACUCAGCAGCUCUAGAGUUGCCUUGUUCUAUAAAUAGUCACAAUAA